UCGAAACAUUUCAACUGUCAACAAGUGCGGCAUUUACGCGGAGGGAUAAAACAACGCAAUUUUCAUUCAAUUUUCCGGAUUUUUCUCAAAAAUUACCAAUAAAUCUAUAAACCGGAAAGAUGUGUGAGGAGGAUGUGAACAAUAGGAGUUUCGAUAGUUUCCUCGCAGACGAACUGGCUCCAUUUUCAAUGCGAGAACAGGGAGAAUGCUCGCGUUCUCCGAGCCCCAUCGAGAUCACACCAAAUAACUCCCUGAACACCUCAUCAUUCUCCCUGAACUCAACGGCGGAAGUUAAAGAGAAUCUCCAGAAAGACUGUGAUUUGACUUUUGUGUCAGUAGAGGAUGUGGACGCGUGCAUUUCACCCCAAUCCAUUCCCCCGGGAACUCCUGGACAAAAUCCCCGAGAGAGUUUGGACACCCUUGAGACGAUCUUUGAGGACAUUCUGCUAGAAACACCUCCGCGGAAGCAUCAGCACACAGCUCUAAUUCGAAAAAUGGUGCAUCGAAAGUUCCUGGAACACAGUUCCGACCUAACUUAUGCCAUAAGCCCGGAGUCACCGACAGGUUCACCGCUGAGGAAGAGAUCCAAGGACAAGUAGACAAGCAUUCCUUAAGGCAUUAAUCAAUUGCGAAAGUGUAAAAUGUGAUUAGGCGGCAUUUAUUUUUUCUGGGAGCAGUUGGGAAUUGUUUAUUUGUUUGAAAUCAAACAAAUUAAUCAUAACCUCAAAAUCAUCCCGGCUGACAAAGUACUGUAAAUAAUAUUUCUGUAUACUUGUACUGAUUACGUAAUACAAACAAGAAGUGAAUUAAAA